AGCGUGGCAGUACCCCUGGCCGGGUUAGGCAUUGCGUUUGGGGGUUUGGUCGAAGCACUGGGCAAGGUGGCGUCCAACGCACAGGAGGUUGGGCGUUACUUUGGCGAUGCGGAAGACGCGUACAAGCGCGGUGCUUACACACUUGAAGAUGAUGCCAAGGUCUUGUUGCCAAAGCGAUGCGCGGUCAUCAAGAAAGUCGACCUCAACACUCGCACAGUCACGUUCGAUAGCCAGUAUAUAUACCGCACAUAUGUCAGCGGUGGUCUCUGGUGGGCAGGAACAACUACGAGGAUGGACUUGGACCGUAGCAAGGCUCUCAAUGUCCGAAAGAAGAUUGGAAUACAGUCCGACACCUGCCAGCUACCUGUGAAGAGUGACGAUGAAUACAAGUGCCUCGUCCUGCCGCUGACCCCCAAGUCGUUUAUCAGGUACAACUACAACUACCUGCCAUUCUCUACAUCUCGCGGAGACUAUGGCUUUGACGUCUUGCGACGGAUGGAAGGUGAAGGAGAGGAAAGCUUCCUCUUCGACUUCUUUCGCCCCCCUAUUCACUGGAUCAUUGAUACGAUUUCGCAUGAGUAUGUGGAUACGGGGGUUACUAUUGCGUUGACCUCGAACUCGAUGAGGCUCCAGGUACCGCCACUUCCAUAUCCAAUGUCGAGCCGGUUGAGUUACACGAUCCAGGGCGCCGGGGGCUCCUAUGCUAUUGGGCUAGAGAAAAUUGCGGAUAUAACCCUGUCAAGCUCAAAAAGUACUACAAAAUGGCUUCUUGAUGUCAGAACACUGAAACCUCAGACUGUUGAAAUCGUUGAUGAGUCGUCUGCUAAAGUCUGUGAUAUAAGUAUCUUCACCUCGGACGCCAAUUAUGAGUCCCUUUUAGUUCUCAAGUCAAAUGGCGAAACACUGAAAGUCGAUUUGAAGAACAAAAGCACCUCUACCGUACAGGUCGACGCCGACACAUAUCCCCAAGGGAGUGCAGGUGUGGACACCCACCUCCAAGACUUGGACAAACGGAAUCAGCUGCAAGGGCAGUAUAUCAUCGUGACCAUUACAAGGUGAAGAAACUCGGCAAUGAAACUACUGAUGAAAUGGUAGGACGGGCGUAUUAUGAGGUGUCUAAGAAGCGAAUGCUAUUCACAAGAAAUGCGCCCGCGGCACUGACAGCGACGACUCAGCUAGGG